UGAGAAAAUACUCAGCAGACUGUUAGUGUUAUUUUAUUUUGCAACAUACUGACCACGGACAGAACACCGCAAGUGGUUCGAUAUGAAAAAGUGACACAGAGAUAUUGUUUAUUCGGGGUGCUGGCAGGUGCCUGACUCUGAUGAUGGUUGAUGUUUUCCACUACCUGGAGCUGCGUGGCCAGGGUCUCGUCAAGAGUCACAAGUACAUACAGUGUCAGAAAGUUGUCAAAAACUUAUUGGAGGAUGUCUCGGCAAAGCCUGUUCACAAUCUGCCUUGUGAUUUUUCGGGUGAGCCAAGAGCAACAUUCCUUAUGGAUUUCAGCCCAAACAUGAUGCGUGUAGCUUCAACACAUGGAGACCACACAGUAAGGGUAACUGAUAUAAGAACUGGGAAGUGCACCCAUAUUUUGGCUGGCCAUCCCCGUACACCGUGGUGUCUGGCAUUUAACCCCACCUCCAAUGAUAUACUGGCCUCUGGGUGUCUAGGUGGUGAAAUACGCAUUUGGGACCUGCUGGGUGGAGGGAGUGAGGUUCUCCACAACCCCUGCGCAGGUCAAGUGAUAACCUCCCUGGCCUUCCACCCCACUGGUCAUGUGCUGGUGUUUGCCACCAUGAACUACAUCUACUUCUGGGACUGGGGCCAGUCUGCCCCUUUCUCCUGUACCAAAACACUGCAUGACUACGAGAGGAUCAGGUGGCUGCGCUUUGAUCCAUUUGGUCAGUAUCUAUACACUGGUAUAGCCAACAACACCACGCUCCACAGAGAUCCUGCAAGUCGUGUUGUGCCAAUGAUGGGUGAACAUUCCCAGGACAGCGAGGUGGUAGAAGAACGAAAUCAUCAGCUGCAGCUCAACCGCUUGAGAUACCAGCGCCUGUUGCACAGAUUUGUGGCUUUUCAACAAGAACGCACUCAGAGAUUUCCUGCAGCUGUUAACAUUCGUCCACGUGCCAGCUCCCCAAGUCCAAGGUCACCUGUACAUGAGGAGGGUUUGGAUUAUGCCAGGCAGUAUGCCCGGCAUGUCACCAGCACAGCGGGCAGCAGCAGUACACGAGACAGAUGGGCUACACCAUCAGCUUCUCAAGUUGUUUCUUCUUUAAACAUUCCAUCAACGUCAAGCUCGCGUGGUGAUGGCACAGCUGAGGACAGGUUUCAGCUGCCAGCCGCAACUCCAGCAUUCCAAGACAACGAAGGAUACUCCCUAAAUGAGGAUAGGCGCAACUACAGCUACGAGCUGUUCAACAGGCGCUGGGGUCGCUAUGACCCAACAUUUUUUUCCAGGCGUUUGAGUUACGGCAACAACAACAACAAUGCAUCAGAGGACGACAACAACAACAGCAAUAACAACAACUUCAACUUUGGCAAUGGCAGCUAUAGCAGUUACAGGCCGGAGGUCCCUGUUCGCUUGUCUUCCACCACGGACCGUCCUUUCACUGACUCCUCCUCUGUGGUUGACUACCUCAACACCAGCUGGCCACGAUCAGCAUCCUCCAGGCGUGGAGAAACCGCAGGCUCCUCGGCCGCAUCCUCAACCCACGUCCCGACAUUUCAUGGUGCCCGCAACGAGAACGCCGCCAGUGAGAGCUUAGAUGCUAAUGAGUUUGAGAUUCUUCCUGUAGACCAGGUCAGGCAGUCCCAGAGAAGGAGCAGCAGCACCAACAACGGCUCCUCCUCCUCUGGGGUGUCUGCCAAUGCUGAUGUUACUCUAGCCCCCGCCACAGGCUGGGAUGACCUGAGGUACCUGCUCAGUAGUUUGGUCAACACAUCCAGCGAGGCGUCGUCCGCCUCCAGUGGUGCGGCGCCUGUCACAGGUGUUGCUUCUGUGACAUUGCCCAGUGCUGCAUCUACUGCAGAAGGAAGUGAAUCUCUCUCUAGAACUGUGGGUAGGAAUUCUGAUUCCAGGACUUUUAGGCACCUGCCUAGUGAGUCUAGGGCGGAGAGGGGAUCAGGUACUGGUGACUCUUCUAAUCCAAUCCUUAACUUGGAUGUGUUUCUGGGGGCGGGGAAUGCAGAUAACUUUGAAAUGCCAUCAGCCAGAGUUGCGUCCUCGUCAUCCCACCUGACAACACACCACUUCCCUUCUAGAACAGAGCUACCGUCUGAACAGGAACCAGCAAGUUCCAGACCGAGACUUCCUGAGUCUUCAGCCACGUCCAACCUUAGCAGUGUCCACAUCCACUUCAACAGUGGCUCCUGGCGGCGCGGUCAGUCCAGCCGGCACCAUUCUAUAGACCUGCCAGACAGCGGAGACUUCCAGCGCCACGCCUCUCUCCUGGACAGGUCAGCGCCACGCCAUGUGAUUGACCAGACGAGCCAGACACUGGGGGCCAUGAACCUGCCAGAGAGCUCGGACCAGUGCACGGAUGUGUCAGGUCUGGACCAGACAGGCUGCUCUUGUCCUGUGCCAGCCUCACACCCCAGAGACUCUGUCAGCACAGACAGUCACAACAGUGCAGAGUCCACACACUUUGAUAUAAAUAAAAGCAACGACUGCCUGCUUGCACUAGCCAGCUUGAGUGACUGUAUUCAAAGAAGUGUUUCUGUGAUAGACAGCAUGCAUAGUUCUAGAGCUAAUGAACCUUCAAACACUCCGGCCAGCUUGAAUGACAGUAAUCAAAGAAGUGUUUCUGUGAUAGACAGCAUGCGCAGUUCUAGAGCUAAUGAAACUUCAAACACUCCGGCUAGCUUGAAUGACUGUGUUUCUGUGAUAGACAGCAUGCGCAGUUCUAGAUCUAAUGAACCUUCAAACACUCCGGCCAGCUUAAAUGACCAGCCCAACUGCAUGUCUUCUAGUGCUGUGGUGUCUGGUCCUCAACUAUCUGAUAGUGGACAUAGGAGUGAGGAUUCUUUGUAUAGUUUUUCUAGUGUGUCUAGUAAUUUAAAUCCUAGCAGUCUUGUUUCAAUCCAGCACGCAGCUGUAGCUGACCACUCUGGUCAGUGUGAGCCAGCAAAUGUUUCAGGCCAGCAGGGGGCCAUUGCUGCCAGUAUGAGCCCCCAACCUGGCACACCAUUAAGCAGGAACAAUUUCACUCUGAUAGGUGAUGGGGGCGAUUGUGUCGGAAGUACUAACUUGGUUGUUCAUCUGACAAGCAACAGAGGAAGUACAGACAGAUCCAGUUGUAAUCCAUCUGCAGAUGUUAGUCAAGUACCUGCUUUAGUAAUAACAAAUCCAUCUGAACAAAUUUCCUCUAUGGAUACGUCUAUACCACCGACCCCUAAAACAUCAUCUGUAUCCAUGACAACCUCUUCAACUCAAGCUGGUCUUUGCCAUUGUGCCUUAGAAGGUACAGAACUGCAGCCAUCACAAGGUUCAACCUCUGACCUUUCACUGAACCCAAGCACAUCCCAUGAUUGCCAUAUUGGUGCCUCAUGCCCGCCUGUUGUUGGACUCAGGAGUCUAGACAGACCAGGGGUUUCUGUCCAGAGCAGCCUUACCCACAGGGCUCCCAGAGACUCACACAGGCUGGCUUCUGACGUCAGGUCAGGUCUGCGCUCACUCAGUGAUGCCAGUCAGCCUAGCGCUUUUUCCAUAUUCAGUUCCAGAGAUUCAUCAGGCUGUAGGUCGUCGUCCCUGUUAAACCCUGCAUCAGCCAGUCCUGCUGGGCCCUCCAGCCUAGCCCAACCUGUCACACCGCAAUCCGUUGAGGACUCAUCCACCAACACCAGCUCGGAUGCCACAUCAGACAGCCAGCUGACUGCUGUCAGAGACGUCCAGGAGAGACUGCAGCAGGCUGUCCAACAGCUGCGUGAAGUUCAGACCAGUGUGAGAGAGCUGACCUCCACCACCCCCCAUCAUAUCAACCUGCUCCGGCCAGAUUCUGUUACAGAAUAUCUUGAAAGAAGGGUGUCAGAACUUGAUAGAAGGAUAUCCGACCUGGAGGAGAGUUAUAACUCCCGGAUAUGGGAGCUGCGUCAUGAGUGUUUGAUGAGAAGAAUACAGACCAAUCGUAAUAGAAGACGCUUGAUGGCUGGCCAUUCUUACAUCAGGCGGCGUGGAGACCCUUCAGUAGAGAGAGACAGGGAGAGAGACAGAGUACUGGCUACCCAUUACAAUACCAGAUCAGAGCUACCUACAAGAAGCUCCACAGCUCAGCAAUCAGAUGGUAGCGGGGAUGCACCACCAACUAGAAGUGGAAGACUGCUUGAAUGCCUUGUGAGAAGGGAGACAACUCAUCCAAGACCAAUUUUAAGGCCAAGGGAGGCAAUCCCCUCCACUAUAACCAUCCAACAAGCUAGAGAAGAUGAAGAUGUAGGCACUCACCAGCGAGCUUGGCUGGCCUUACAGCAGGUUCAUCUGCACCCUGACUACUCCACAAGUAUACUGGACGACACGGUCAACCGCCCUAAUGAGUCUAUGCAGCGAUUAAUGAACAGAACUAUUGCAGGGGCAUUUCUGACCAGAGAUGACCAGGCCGUGGCCAACAACCUGGUGCCACAGACACAUCGCAUUCAGCGCUGGGACGUCUCCAAGUGUGUCAUCCCUGACAUCACUAAUGCCUCAACCAAUAUAGUUGUGAAACACUGCAAGCUUCACAACGAUGCCAGCUGUGACCUCUCUAAAGAUGGAACUAUCCUGGCCACAUUUGUGCCCAGCCACAGGGGGUUUCCUGAUGAUAACAUCCUGGGGCUCUUCUCACUGCGCAAGGAAACUUUAGCUCAGUGCCUGUUUACUAAAAGUUUUGGUCCUAAUGCAAUAUCGGUGAGUAUUUCACCAGAAAAUCGCUACAUUUUGGUUGGUCUGGCUGCCAAACGCUUGUUUUUCUUCACCAUCAACCAGAUGGUGGCCCAGGUCUACAAGCUGGAGAAGGAGAAGGCUGGAGAGAGUUCUAUGAAGCAUGUGACAGACCUGUUCCACCCAUGUAACCAGGACAGCAGAAGUCAUGUCAGCGUCAACUCUGCCAGAUGGCUGCCUGGGGUGGGUCAGGGCAUGGUGUAUGGCACCAAUAAAGGAGACCUGCAUUUCUGCCGUCCAGGCUCAAGAAAGGUCCAUGAACGUGAUUCUCCCAAGCCAAGAGCAAGUGGAUUUGAGUCGUUGGCCCGACUCCACCCAACCAGUCUAGCACACAGCAGCAUAGCCACCCAGACUACUACUGUCAGUAUUAGACGCAGUGCCAGCACACAGACAUCUUUUGGAGACUUGUGACUGUAACUAACACUAGUUCAAUUUUGAUAGUGAAACUAGCCAGAUUUUUAUACAUUUCUAUGUUGAAGUUUUGUUAAAUGUUUUUGUGGAUGUUAUUUUUUUGGUUUAAAUGGGAUAUUUUGAAAUAAAGAAUAUUUUUUAACAUUAAUAUAGGUUGUUUCUAUUUAUCACCUCCUUUAUGAAAUUAAAAUUUUAAUAUUGCUGUCAUUUAAAAAAAAA